GCCACCCGGCUGACGUCAUACCCCUGGGGGCGCUAGUGCGCAUGCGCAAAGAACUGGCGCAGGCGCAUGGGCGUGCCGCUCCAUAGCGCCCGGCUCACUCCCUCCCCUGGCCUGAUGGGAAGGGGUUAAAAUGGCGGCCGCCGGCGCUGUAGCUACUCGGCUGCUCCUGCUCUUGCUCAUGGCGGCAGCAGCUCCCAGCCGGGCCCGGGGCAGUGGCUGCCGGUCCGGGGCCGCUCUGCGGGGGGCGGGAGCAGAAGGUCGAGAGGGUGAGGGCUGUGGCACCGUGGGGCUGCUGCUGGAGCACUCAUUCGAGAUCGAUGACAGUGCCUACUUUCGGAAGCGGGGCUCAUUGCUCUGGAACCAGCAGGACGGCAGUUUGUCCCUGUCGCAGCGACAGCUCAAUGAGGAGGAGCGGGGCCGGCUCCGGGAUGUGGCAGCCCUGAACGGCUUGUACCGUGUCCGGGUCCCUCAGCGCCCUGGGGCCCCUGAUGGCCCAGAAGCUGGCGGUUAUGUCUCCUCUUUUGUCCCUGCGUGCUCCCUGGUGGAGUCGCACCUCUCGGACCAGCUGACUCUGCACGUGGACGUGGCUGGCAACGUGGUGGGCGUGUCAGUGGUGACGCAUCCUGGGGGCUGCAGGGGACACGAAGUGGAAGACGUGGACCUGGAACUGUUCAACACCUCUGUGCAGCUGCAGCCGCCGGCCACUGCCCCGGGUCCUGAGACCGCAGCCUUCAUUGAGCGCCUGGAGAUGGAGCAGGCCCAGAAGGCCAAGAACCCCCAGGAACAGAAGUCCUUUUUCGCCAAAUAUUGGAUGUACAUCAUUCCUGUCGUCCUGUUCCUCAUGAUGUCAGGAGCUCCAGACGCCGGGGGCCAGGGAGGGGGUGGCGGCGGGGGUGGUGGUGGGGGCAGUGGCCGCUGAGGGGCCAGGGCAUCGGUGCCUGGUCCUCUUUCGUCCAGGCAACUCCCUUCCUGCCAGAAUGCUCCUGUCCUUGAUCAUCCCAAGAAGGAUUUGCUAGCUCCUCCCAGCUCCAUCCCAUGAGGGUAGAAGGACUCCUCCCCAGGAGUCCUUUCCCUCUGGGCGGACGGGUGGCCAGAUUCUGGUGCACCCUGCCUUCCCCUGUGGUCCCUCCGUGGCCCCAAAGACUUCCUCUUGCCCACAGCAUGGAGCUCGAGCUCCUGGUCCAGCUCUGACCUUGUGUUUGUCCCCCUUUCCCCUGAGCCUCGUAGUUUGGGAACAUGCCGAGUUCUCUCCAGCCUCUGUGCCUUUGUUCGUGGUCUUCUUGCCCUGCCUGUCCCUGGCUAGGCUAGAGGGUCCCUCUACCUUGUCUGACACUGGAUUGGGCCACGCACUUCCCACCUGUCUGCCCUUGAGGGGCCUGGCACAGAGCAGGUGUGGGCUGGCCAUGGGCGCCCCCUGGGCCCCAUUCCUCCCAGCAGCGCUGCCUUGGGACACCUCUCCGGCCUUUAUCUGCCCAUGGCUCUGAGCAGGAGUUUAGGUGUCCUGCCCCAUCAGGAUGCCAGGCCUCCCAUAGGCUUUGGGGCAUGAAGAAAUGAUUUUUAAAGUAAAGACAGAACAAACAAAUAUUUAGUAGAGUCGAGGGCCGGAUGAUGUAAAUAGAAUCCCUUCCCCUGCCUGGAAUGUCUUCCCUGGGAUAGGCCACCAGGAGAGGACUGCUGGCCUUUCUUAUUUAUCACCACCUCCCCUUUGUCUAUUUAAAAAUAUCGACGAUAUAUUGAGAUACAUCAGGGUUUUGAAAAGGUGCGACUUCCAGCAACCAAAGGCACCCGUUGAUUUGGUUCCAGGGAAGUCCUGGUGUACAGGCUUGAUUGAGUUCCGCCGCUCCGCUCUGUGUAUUAUUCAGAAGCACACAGAAAUGGCCGGCACGGUCCCUGAAAUGCCGUGUAACGCUCCGCAGUGUUGUAUGGCAGUUUAUUAAACCGUUCCCCAAAUGUUCAA